CCUGUGUGAUGGGCGAGAUAAUUGAAUCACACACCCGUAGGAAAACAAUGCUGAGGUGAACUAAAGCCCUCCCACUCUCGCCUUGAACUCGUUUCCUCGGUCGAUUAAAAGCGUCGUUGGGAACCAGAAGUGCACAACACCUCAAACGCAUCAGCCGAGGAAGGUCGGAGCAAAGCAGAACAAGAGGAAACCGAGCAGCAGCACAGCAGAGAGAGAAGAGGAAGGCGCAUGAAGUGGUUUAUUUACGACUGUGACAGGGAGGCAGGACAAUGAAAUAACAGAACAGAGAGUGGAUUUUGAAAUAAUACAGUAUUUGCGAUCAGACUGUGCUGCAGUGAUUUAGAGGACCCCAAGAGGAGCAGAGAGGAGCUGAGGAGCCUCUGGAGAGGUGACUCCUUCAUCAAGACACGUGCUGCUGCUCCUACUGCUGCUGUUGCCACGAGAUGGCGGGAGAUAAACGAAGAUAGCUCGAGGAGGAAUUUUCCAAUCUUCAUCACACAGCAAGGCCAAACAAACCCUCUUAUUUUGUGACUGUUUUCCUUUUUAAAAUAAAUUAAAACCACCAAACUCGAACAAUGGCUUCUCACAGCCUCAUCCCUACAGAAGAGCCGUCCAACGGCGGCCCCCCGUCAGAGAAGUCAGAUGACUCGCAGGAGUCCAUGAAGCUCAAGAAGGAGAUCUCCCUCGUGAACGGAGUAUGCUUGAUCGUGGGGAACAUGAUCGGCUCGGGGAUCUUCGUCUCGCCCAAGGGCGUCCUCAUCCACAGCGCUUCUUAUGGUCUCUCCCUGGUGGUGUGGACCAUCGGCGGGAUCUUCUCCGUGUUCGGCGCCCUGUGCUACGCCGAACUGGGGACCACCAUCACCAAGUCCGGGGCCUCCUACGCCUACAUCCUGGAGGCCUUCGGGGGUUUCAUGGCCUUCAUCCGCUUGUGGACUUCGCUGCUGAUCAUCGAGCCCACCAGCCAGGCCGUUAUUGCCAUCACGUUCUCCAACUACAUGGUGCAGCCCAUCUUCCCCACCUGCAUAGCCCCGUACCUGGCCAACAGGCUGCUGGCUGCUGCUUGCAUAUGUUUGCUGACCUUUGUCAACUGCGCUUAUGUCAAGUGGGGAACCCGAGUCCAGGACUUCUUCACCUACGCCAAAGUUAUUGCUCUCAUCGCCGUCAUCAUCACCGGCCUGGUGAAGAUCGGACAAGGUCACACCCAGAACUUCGAGGGGCUAUUCGAUGGCUCAUCUCGAGAUCCAGGAGCCAUCGCUCUCGCUCUGUAUUCAGCUCUGUUCUCCUACUCUGGAUGGGACACCCUCAACUUUGUCACAGAGGAGAUCAAGAACCCAGAGAGAAACCUGCCUCUGGCCAUCGCUAUUUCCAUGCCCAUCGUGACUGUGAUCUAUAUUCUCACCAACGUGGCCUACUACACUAUCCUCCCAAUUCCUGCAAUCUUAGACAGUGAUGCUGUGGCUGUGACAUUUGCAGAUCAGGUGUUUGGUGUGAUGAACUGGACCAUUCCUCUGGCUGUGGCUCUGUCCUGCUUUGGAGGACUCAAUGCCUCCAUCCUGGCUGCCUCCAGGCUGUUCUUCGUGGGCUCCAGAGAAGGCCACCUGCCCGACUUCCUGUGCAUGAUCCACGUCAACCGCUACACUCCCGUCCCCGCCCUGCUCUUCAACGGUGUCAUGGCUCUCAUAUACCUCUGUGUAGAAGAUGUCUUCAGGCUGAUCAACUACUACAGCUUCAGCUACUGGUUCUUCGUUGGUUUGUCCAUCCUGGGGCAACUAUAUCUGCGAUGGAAGCAGCCGGACAGAAAGAGGCCUUUAAAGCUCAGUUUGUUCUACCCCAUUGUUUUCUGCAUCCUCACCAUCUUCCUGGUGGUGGUGCCUCUGUACAGUGACACCAUCAACUCCCUGAUCGGCAUUGGCAUCGCCCUGUCGGGAGUGCCCGUCUACUUCCUCUGCUGCUACACCCCGGCUCACAAAAGACCGCUGUGGCUGCGAAGGUUCAUCGCUAAAUGUGGCAUGGGGAUUCAGAAAGUGUGCUUCUCUGUCCUGACCGAGAUGGACAUCGACAAACUCGAGUAGAGACGCUCGUUUUAACGCCCUGCUGGCGGCUGGUGACGCACAAACAACAGACUCUCAGCUCAGCCUGGAUCUUUGCCAGCCGCCGCUGUUGCGAGACCGCAGUGGACCAAACAUUUGGGCUUAAAGCGGGAUCCAGUUCUCAAACCAGCCACCACCACCCUGUGAUGAUGUUAAAGAAUGUGUUAAUGAUGCUGCUCAUAGGCGGCACUUCCCUGAAGCCAAGCGUGACUUCGGACUGUAUUUAAUUAUGUCAACACAAGUAGUUUGUUUGAAAUGAUCUAAAUGCAAAACCUUUUUUGAUUUUACUUGAAGGUGGCCGGUUGUUGUUGAAAUCGGUCCAGCAGGCUGCAUCUGUGGAACCGAGAGCGCUGCUGAUCGUGUUUUUAUCAUCAUUUGCUCACAGAAACAGAACAGAUGAGACUGACUCCACGCUCACUCAGGUGGAUGAACAUUCAUGAAGUUUUAUAAUGUCAGAGACUACUGAAGGGCUAUUUUUAAACAAGUGUGAAACAGUUUGAAAAAGUUGAGCUGCAAACAUGUAUUUAUAAUAAAAUUACUCAAUGACAACAUGAAGACAGC